AUGUUACCACCUACGGCCGGUAUAGCACAAGAACAACGUGACCGGACCGACAUGGCGUAUCAACAGCGACGCGACGUACGAGAAAUUACAAGAGACAUUAUUAGAGAGGCUCGUGUGACAAACAGAAAACAAUCUAUGUCGCCUGGAGAGAGUGAAGAAUUAUUUUAUAAUUUAAAGAUAGUUUCUUUUUCUGUGACAGCACGUGAUCGUUUCCCUUCCACGUCGUCGACGGACGACAACGAGUCGGGUACCGAUGGAGAGCUCGAGAGACGGAGGGUCUCACAUGGAGCACACAUCGUACAGCCACCUGGUGGCAUCAUAGUGAGGAAGAGACGAGGGAACCUUCCAAAACAUUCAGUGAAGAUAUUAAAACGUUGGCUGUACGAGCACCGCUACAACGCUUAUCCCAGUGACGCAGAGAAACUGACACUCAGUCAGGAAGCUAACCUCACAGUACUACAAGUAUGCAACUGGUUCAUAAACGCCCGCCGUCGUAUCCUGCCGGAGAUGAUCCGUCGCGAAGGUCACGAUCCUUUACACUACACAAUCUCCCGAAGAGGAAGGAAGCAACUGGGUGCUGGGUCGAGCUCACAGGCUGCUGCGUGGGAGGAGGGAGAACACGAGGGAGAGGGCGAAGGCGAUGGAGAUCGCGGUCGAGACCACGACUACGGCGACGGUCUGCUCGUGUAUCGCAGUGACGGAGACGAGGGUGCGGAUGCUGAGGAGGGAUACUCGUCAAGCGCGAUCUCCGAGGAGGAGGUCAAGUACGACCCCUCCGUGUGGCAGUCCGUCAUACGGUACGGGCCCGAGGAUAGGGACCUGCACCCCGCGGCCAGAGGGUCAGCGGCAGUAGUGACAGUACGGACAGCUGAGGACGGGGAGCCCGAGGUGUCCCCAGCUGGAGGCGGAGGCGCCGGGGGCUGGCACCCUCAGCUGGCCCACUUACCGCAGCUGCCUCACCCGCUGCGACGCAAGACGGACGAACGUGACAAGUUUAAAUGUCUGUACCUGCUGGUGGAGACGGCCGUGGCUGUACGUCAGCGGGAACAGGAGCAAGAAGAGGUCCCCGUCUAG